AUGGCUGCGCCAGUCGAGCCAAGCGCCUUCGGCGAGGCGGAGGCGACGGAGUGGUUCAAAACAGCCAUUCGGCAGGGCGGUGCCUUGGAAGCAGCGUUCGCCGAGGCAGUAAAAUCUGUCUUGCAAGCGGGCGUGGCCUCGGACGUCGGGGAGAUUCCCACGGCGAUCAAGGCAACGGCGGAGACGUUCGAGACGCAGAACGGGCACACCGACACGGUGAUCGUUUCCCUCGAGCAGCGCGUCAUAGCCUGCGAGGAGUUCGUAGCCAAGGCUAGCAAGCAAGAGGCUGACCUGGACGCGGCUUUCUCGCGGAGCGAGGUCGAGCGGUCCACAGACGCGCAGGAGUGGUUGGCCGGGUGGAACCGUCUGUUCGUGGACAAAGACUGGCUGGCCAACGUCUCUGCGCAGAUGGCAGACCCAGCAAUGGUCAACGCCGUAUCCGCGUGCAUGGCCAACCCGAACAACCCGGAGGCGCAGAAGAUCAAAGACGCGAUCGGUCUGCGCAACGCCCCCAAGACCACCUUGAGGGAGCUGUGCCUGUCGUCGUUCGGCGGCAGUCCAGACCGCUUUCGUGCGUUCAUGUCGGACAAGGCGGCGUCGAUUUGUUUUUUCGGCUUGCGCCGCGUUUCGGAGGCGAUCAACCUCCGCGUUCAGGACGUGCAUUUUAAAGCCUCGUGCGCGUGUUGUUUCAUCAGGAAACAGAAGAGCGACCCGUGUGGCAAAGGCCAAUGGUGUUUCAUUCCGUUCAAGGUUAUUGCUGGGCUAUCCCCGGCGAAAUUCCUGCAAGAUUGGAUGGAUUGGAAAGCCGCGACGGCUGCUCACGUGCCUUCCCUAUUCUGCACCACGACAG